GAGAAACCCAAUCACGGACUCGUGUAGUGCUUUAUCCACUAGUGCACUAUCCCCCACCAGUAUAUGUAUAGACACAUUAGAUUCUCCCCGUUGGCAUCCUCUGUAGCGCGCGCCAUUGCUCGCGGUCUCGUUUUCUUCCUCUCCUUUUUCGUGCAAUCGCCCAUUAGCAAUCACGGGCUGCUAUAAAACAAACUGCCUUCCCCUGUUCCACCACCGCAUUCCCCCCUUAUAUAACCCCGCGAAAUCGCUCGCCCUCUUCCCCGUGUGCGCAAGCCACUGAAUUCGUUUAGGGGAGUUGCUUUUUUGGGAGGUCCCCCGCCCACACAGCAUGACCUCUGCCCAGAACAGAGCGCCGACGGUGUGCUCUGUUUUGCUCUGCCUCUGCUGCAUUCAUGCGUUCUGGUGCGCCGUCUUCGGCGUCCGGUUCGUCGCGGGCCAGUCGCCCAAGCCGGUCUUCGCUUGCGACGUGGACGGGGACCCGAGUCUCGCCGCCUUCGGGUUCUGCAACGCGUCGUUGGGGGUCGAGGCGCGGGUGGCGGACCUGGUGAAGCGGCUGACUCUGCAGGAGAAGAUCGGGUUCUUGGUGAACGACGCGGGCAAUGUGGACAGCCUGGGGAUCCCCAAGUACGAGUGGUGGUCGGAGGCGCUGCACGGGGUGUCGUACGUCGGGCCCGGGACCAAGUUCUCGAGCCUCGUCCCAGGGGCGACCAGCUUCCCUCAGGUCAUCCUGACGGCGGCCUCGUUCAACGCCACCCUGUUCGAGACCAUUGGGAAGGUGGUUUCGACAGAAGCCCGGGCGAUGCACAACGUCGGGCUGGCUGGAUUAACAUUUUGGUCCCCGAACGUCAACAUAUUCAGGGACCCGAGAUGGGGACGGGGCCAGGAAACGCCGGGGGAAGAUCCGCUGCUCUCGAGCAAGUACGCGUCGGGUUAUGUCAGAGGCCUACAACAGAGCGACGAUGGAAAUGCGGACCGGCUUAAAGUUGCUGCCUGCUGCAAACAUUAUACAGCGUAUGACAUCGAUAACUGGAAAGGUGUCGAUCGGUACCACUUCAACGCUGUGGUAACGCAACAAGAUUUAGAUGAUACGUUUCAACCGCCGUUCAAGAGUUGUGUCCUCGACGGCAAUGUCGCGAGUGUGAUGUGCUCCUACAACCAGGUUAAUGGUAUUCCAAUGUGUGCAGACCCAAACCUUCUCGCCGGGAUCGUCCGAGGAGAAUGGAAAUUAAACGGAUAUAUCGUUUCGGAUUGCGAUUCAGUGGACGUGUUCUACAAUUCCCAGCACUAUACUAAAACGCCAGAAGAGGCUGCAGCUAAGGCCAUUUUGGCAGGGUUGGAUCUCAAUUGCGGAUCUUUCCUAGGCCAACACACUGAAGCGGCGGUGAAAGGUGGACUGUUGAAUGAAUCGGCGGUCGACAAGGCCAUCUCUAACAAUUUUGCCACGCUGAUGAGGCUCGGCUUCUUCGAUGGGGAUCCAAGGAAGCAGUUGUAUGGAAAGCUUGGCCCGGACGACGUGUGCACACCGAGCAACCAGGAGCUCGCCCGGGAAGCCGCGAGGCAAGGGAUUGUGUUGCUUAAGAACACGGCAGGAUCAUUGCCCCUGUCCUCGACCGCCAUAAAGUCCUUGGCAGUGAUCGGACCCAAUGCCAAUGUCACGAAAACCAUGAUCGGGAACUACGAAGGCACUCCUUGCAAGUACGUGACACCUUUGCAAGGCCUAGCAGCUGUCGUUUCGACAACGUAUGUGGCCGGCUGUGCGGACGUAGGAUGCGGCACGGCCCAGACAGAUGACGCGAAGAAAGCCGCGGCCUCGGCGGAUGCAACGGUGCUCGUGAUGGGCGCCGACCAGUCGAUCGAGAGGGAGGGUUUCGACCGGGUCGACCUCCACCUUCCAGGCCAGCAGUCGCUGUUGGUCUCGGAAGUGGCGAAUGUGUCGAAGGGGCCUGUGAUCCUCGUGAUCAUGUCGGGGGGAGGGAUGGACGUGUCGUUCGCCAAGGACAACGACAAGAUCACAAGCAUUUUGUGGGUCGGUUACCCCGGCGAAGCCGGCGGCGCAGCGAUGGCGGACGUGAUUUUCGGGAACCAUAAUCCUAGUGGAAGAUUGCCAAUGACAUGGUAUCCGCAGUCGUACGCCGACGCCGUCCCAAUGACGAACAUGAACAUGAGGCCCGACCCCGCCACGGGCUACCCGGGCAGGACAUACCGCUUCUACACCGGGCCGACCGUGUACGCAUUCGGGGACGGGCUGAGCUACUCCAAAUUCAGCCACCGUCUAGUCCAAGCGCCCCAGCUUGUGUCCAUGCCCUUAGAGGAAGGCCACGUUUGCCACUCGUCGGCAUGCGAAUCCUUGGACGCCACGGGCGAGACGUGCGCGAAUUCGACCUUCGACGUGCACCUGAGAGUCAAGAACGUUGGAAGCUUCAGCGGGAGCCACACGGUGUUCUUGUUCAGCAGCCCUCCAUCGGUGCACAGGUCGCCUCAGAAGCACCUGCUGGGCUUCGAGAAGGUGUUCUUGGCCUCAAAAAGUGAGGCACAGGUGCAGUUCAGGGUCGACGUUUGCAAGGAUCUGAGCGUGGUUGACGAGGUCGGCCGCCGGAAGGUCGCCUUGGGGGCGCACGUCCUCCACGUCGGGGACUUGAAGCAUGGGUUGAGCGUGCGGAUUUGACCGCCCGGCUCUCCCCGAACCCGCGACGAAAUUCUUAAGCUCUCGCCGAUUUACGGUGCUACAUUGCCGAAUGACUCGGAAAUCAAAGUGAUAAAAGUUUGGGAGAUGCUCACAAGAAGUCUCUCAACCAAUUCUCAUGUAUCCAAAUUGUUCAAAAAGCAAAUGGAUGUUUUUACU